AUGGCCGGACAUCAUAAGCGAAAGCGAUCUGAUGAUGACCCUGACCCUGUUGCCGAGAUUCAUUCGAACAAUAUCGGUGUUGCGGAGACGCUAUCACGACUCAAGCAUGCCUCUCCUACCGAUUCACACCUGAACUGCCCCGACGCUGCGAAGGGCUCCAACAACCUCCCGCAACGCAACCCGAAGAAGAAGCGUGUAGAUGGCGAGAAGACGAAAUAUCCGUCCUUGACGUAUGUUGAUGGCAAAUUGCAGUCCUCCAUCCGCAUUGCCGAUUUACAGAGUCUGCUGCUUUACUGUUUUGCCGAUGGGAUUUCGCCGCAAUGGAUCUCCAUCAAGCACUCCGGACACAUGCGCAAGGCCGUAUUCUUGAUGGUUCCGGGACUAGAGCUGGGCAUGUUUGACGGUUCGAUCCCAUUGGAUUCACAAUAUGCCACUAAGACUUCCGUGGAUGCGGAAAACCCCGAGGAAAUGGAUGAAAUACGGGAAGACGCAGAGAAUUCCACAAAAAAAGCCGACUUUGAACGAUGGAAGCAAGGCCUACCUCUCGAGGACCGCUCGCAUCGGUUCAACCCACGCGCACUUUCACGCGAUACACUCCCUGUUCCUUUGCAGCCAUUGGCUGACAUCUUUCCCCACGUGUGGCCAGUUCGAGCCCCAGGGGACGGGAAAUACAACAAAGUGCAUUCUCCACUGCAGGCCAUUUUGUUAUCUUCAUUGCCGAAAUCGAAAGACGAUAGUGGUCGUGGAAAAGGCGCAAGGCCUCCCAAAGUGGGCAAAAACUUUGUGCCAAAACGAACCCCUAUCACCACAUUUUUAAGUUCCUUCGAGGAUCAGCGUGAACACGAUUAUGUUGUUCAUCCGGCUUUUUUUACCGCAGAUGGAGAUAAAUCUGCUCAAGUUGAAUCUCGUCGUCGUGCGAAGCAAUCCGCAGAUCAUGGUUGGGUUGAUACCUUAGUUCCGACAUUGGAGGACGGUAUCGUCCCCGAGAAUGAAAUCGAACAGGGCAGCAUGACCGCCGGUCGGAAUAUUCUGUCUCUGGAUUGUGAGAUGUGCCUGUCAGAAGGUGGCCAGUCAGAGCUCACACGGAUUAGCAUGGUCGGGUGGGACGGUGAAGUGGUUCUUGAUGAACUGGUGAAGCCAGCGCGCCCGAUUACCGACUACCUGACCCGUUUCUCAGGAAUCACCAAGGAGAUGCUGGAUCCUGUUACAACUACUCUGGAGGACAUCCAGACACGAUUGCUCACGAUUCUCACUCCUCGAUCGAUACUUGUCGGACACUCUUUGAAUUCCGACCUCACAGCAUUGAAAAUCACGCACCCUUUCAUCGUCGAUACUGCCAUGAUUUACCCGCAUCCUCGCGGCCCUCCGCUCAAAUGCAGUCUUAAAUGGCUCACUCAAAAGUACCUUAAUAAAGAGAUCCAAAAAGGCAUGACUGGCCAUGACUCGGUUGAGGAUGCUCGAGCCGUCUUGGAGCUUGUCAAGCUGAAAUGCGAGAAAGGCGAGCUUUGGGGCACCAGCGACGCUUCGAAUGAGAGUAUUUUCCGAAGAUUGGCUCGGUCCACAAAGUUUGGUAAAGCUGCGAUCCCUGGAGAGGGACGAACUGGCGCCGUCGUUGACUGGGGUAACCCUGAGCGCGGGUACGGUUCUCAGGCAACAGUAUCCGUCGGAUGUAGUGACGACAACGCCGUUGUGAAAGGGGUAUCCGCAGUUGUCAAAGGUGACGAAUCCAACCCGGCCAUUCCAGGAUCUGGCGUGGAUUUUACUUGGGCACGUCUCCGCAAUCUCGAAAUUGUCCGAGAAUGGUGCACCCGUCUUCCGGAUGCCAGCAAUGCCAAUGAAUCUACUACACUCGCCCCGCCACCUGAAGAAUCUACUCCGGCUGUCGGAAACGGCAACGGCUCUCUUUCGCCGGCGCAUGAGACAAGUCUCUCGGAUGCUCUUACCCAGACCGUGUCUGAUAUUUCUCGCAUUUACGAGUCCUUACCACCUUGUACUCUAUUUGUCGUGUACUCUGGCACUGGUGAUCCGCGGGAGGUCAGCCGGCUUCAAGCAAUGCAUAAGAAAUAUCGCGAGGAGUUCAAUGCCCGUACGCCCUGGGACGAGCUAACCGUGAAGUGGACAGAUGUCGAGGAGCAGGCGCUCAAGGGGGGCAUGCGAGCGAGCUCGAGAGGGAUGCGGCUUUAUGGUUGUUAA